AUGUCGCGCCGCAAGAUCCGCAAUACCGCCGAAGAGACCCUCAACCCCCCUGACUCUCUGGCUCCCGGCCAGUUGAUUGCCCGUGUUAUCAAGACCAACGGCAAAGACCUCUAUACCGUCCAGGCCCCCGACUCGUCCACGUUCCUUGUCGAGCUUGAAGCCCGGUUCAGAUCCACCAUCUUCGUCAAGCGCGGCGGCUAUGUUCUGGUCGACACCACCACCACGGCCGGCCGUGAUAACAAGAUCCAGGGGGAAAUCGUGAAUAUCGUUGGCGACGAGAAGGCUUGGAGAAAACAGCCGUAUUGGCCGGAACAGUUCGUCAAGAAGACCACGCUGGCAGACAGUGAUGACGAGGAUUCACGAGUGGGAAAGCUGCCACCCUCAGACAGCGAGGACGAAAGUGGGUGA